AUGGCUCUGCCUAUCGUUGGCCUCUGCGAGCUCGGAAACUGCCCUCAGACUACUGGAUGCGGCAUUCUCAGAGGAACCGCGAGGCCGAAGAUAGGAGCUUAUCUUAAUUUGGUGGCUUUUUAUGCGGUUGGAAUGCCAGUAGGAGGGAUUUUGGCGUUUUGGUUUGGGUUGGGAUUAAAUGGACUUUGGCUAGGGACGCUUGCUGCGCAGCUCACCUGUGUGAUUAGUAUGAUGGUUGCGAUCAGUAGCAUCAAUUGGGAACUGGAGGCGGGAAGGGCUAAGGAGCUCACAUCGGUAGAUGGUGGCAGCGGCAGCGACAACGAUUAG